CUCAAUGGAAUAUAGUCGUUUCCUUUAUUUACCAGGUACCUAAACUAGUUUAUUAAAAUAUAAUCUUUAUCAAUUUCAGAAGUGGGAUACCUAAGAUUACCGCGAUGAAGACUAAACGUCGACGAGAGAGGUCAGAUAGUCCUGCAGAGCCAACGCGUAAAAGAUGGCGACCAUGGAGGCCUCACGAUUCAGGAUCAGAUUCCGGUUCUGGUGACACUGACGAAAACGACAGUAUACAUCCUGGUAAGCCCGUUCCUGUUAUUGUAGAAAGUGUUACGGCUAAGGCGGACAUCAUACCACUUUUUGAUCCCGAAGCCGACAUAUUUGCAGUUCAAUGGAUAAAUAAAAUUGAACAGUUGGGCGCAAUACAUAAUUGGACAGAUAAUAUGAAAUCGUAUUUUAUGCAGUCUAGACUAGCGGGCAUGGCUAGGAUUUGGCAUUCAUCUCUACCAUCCUACGAAUUAUCUUGGCAAGAAUGGAAAUCAGAAUUAUUGACAGCCUUCCCCAAAAACAUCGAUUUUGUAGAGUCUCUCCGAGAAAUGCUGUCCAGGAGGAAACUGGCCUCUGAGAGUAUGACCCAAUAUUUUUACAACAAGAAUGCUAUGUUGACAAAACUUGAAAUUUUGGGUGAUAAGGCAGUCGCAUGUUUAAUUGAUGGCUUACCAGUCCACAUGCGAGCGCCAGCAAGAGCCGGUAACUUCAGGACACCAAGCGAACUAUAUGCUAAAUUCUUAACCGUUAUGGAAGAAGUAAAGCCGAAAUUGCUACCUCCAAGUCGUCCAGUGUUUCCAAAAGCAGAUGAACGAGCUGAAACGAGAGAUAGUAGAAAACUUGUCUGUUUUUUGUGCCAAGAAUCAGGUCAUACUGUACGCAGGUGUCCUAGAAACAACAGGCCACCGUGUACACAUUGUAAGAAGCUAGGUCAUUCACCAGAGCGGUGUUGGUUUAAUCCCAGCAAUACCACGAACUCCACUUCGUCAGCGCUAACAUCUGCAGUGCCCAGGAAGGAAGCGGUCAAUCUGUUAUCAGAGGUAGCGAAGCCACGUGAGACGGGAGACAUCAACAGAAACUAACAACACCGAAAUCGG